CGUUGAAGCGUCAAACGUGCGAGACGGGUGAAACUGAAAGGGUUUGCGAAGACUUUGACUUGCAUAGCUCAUGAAAAAUGGUGAACCCGCUACCAUGAGCUGAACAAUCGAAGAUGGAGACAUAUCCCAUGGAGAUCACUUUCGUUUCUCUUCUCUCCGCCAUUUUACUCCUCGCCACCGUCCACUCUCCCGUUUCAGCGGCACUCCUUGGAGUUCACCCCCUCGAUGAGAAAUACUUUGCCUCCCAUGUGAUCAAAUGCAAGGACGGUUCCAAAUCGUUCAAUCGAGAGCGUCUCAACGAUAACUAUUGUGAUUGUGUUGAUGGGACUGAUGAGCCUGGGACUUCAGCUUGUCCUAAAAGCAAAUUUUAUUGUAGAAACUUAGGAAGCACGCCACAAUUUAUAUUUUCUUCUCGUGUAAAUGAUCGUAUUUGUGAUUGCUGUGAUGGAAGUGAUGAGAAUGAUGGUAGUUUCCGUUGUCCAAACACAUGCAUCAUGGGUGGAAAUAUAGAAUAUAAAAGUGACAAUGGUGUCUCGUUUAGCACCAAUGAACAUUCAACUGUCAGUGAUCUUGACAACAUAAAGGAGACCAAAAAGGGGAUGAAUGAAUUGAUUGAGAAGCUUAAAGGUUUGAAAGUGCUGAUAAUCCUUCAGUUCGUCCUCAUCGGCUUCCUGGUGAUCUUCAGGAUGUCCAGAAGGCGUGCGAUGUCUAAAAGAAGACGGCGAUAACUGGAAUGUAAAUAUUUGCUGCUUCCAUUUUGGGUUGCUUCAGACGCAAGGCCUAAAAUGGCGUGAGGUGCUUUUCCUUUGGGAUUGUCUUUUUCCCAAACAGGACCUUUGGCCAAUGGAAUAUGACAGGACUCAUCUUGAUUUGCUCCUUCCAUGCAGCAGUUAAGGUAGAAUUGAUAGCUUUGUGAUGUGGGGUACAUGAGGUCCUGAGGACAGAGAGCCUGCUAGGUCGGUAACAUAAUAGGCUAGAGUCUAUUAUUGAUAAAGUACUUGGAUAUGAAAUAUUUUUGUUACUAGUAUUUCUCUUGUACAAAUAUGUGACUUUCUAAUUAGAUCAUGCAAUGGAGCUUUAUUUCUUUAUUCACUAUUGGAUGUACCUAACUAGAGACUUAAAGGACAGUCUAUCAUCAACAACCCAAGUGGGGCUUCUUAUGAGCAUUAAGAGUUAAAUAUAGUGUUAUUCUUUUGUAUGGUUCA